AUGUUCUAUGAAGUGACAAGUCUGAACUUCAGCGCCAAUCUAAGCGAGGGAGACCUAGUCUCUUCACCGAACGAAGAUGAUGAGCCCGAAAACAGGUUAUCAAAAACGGGUCAUACAGUGGUGUCGGUGUUUUUAGGAUGUAUUCUGGUUUUCGGUUUCUUUAACAAUCUAAUCGUUUUAAUCCUGUUCUGCAAGUUUAAGACUCUGAGAACUCCGGUGAACAUGCUUCUGUUAAACAUUAGUGUGAGCGACAUGCUGGUUUGCCUCUUUGGCACCACUUUGAGCUUCGCCUCCAGUAUCUACGGCCGCUGGCUAGGAGGGAAACUCGGCUGCAUAUGGUAUGGAUUCAUCAACUCCUGCUUUGGCAUUGUGUCCUUGAUUUCCCUGGCAGUCUUGUCCUAUGAACGUUACAGCACCUUAACUGUGUGCAACAAGCGUGCCCCUGACUUCCAGAGGCCUCUGAUAGCUGUGGGAGGUUCAUGGCUAUACUCCCUGGUCUGGACGGUGCCUCCUCUCCUGGGCUGGAGCAGCUAUGGACCUGAAGGGGCUGGCACAAGCUGCUCAGUGAGCUGGACCUCCAAGUCAUAUGAAUCAGUAUCCUACAUCAUCUGUCUCUUCAUUUUCUGCUUAGCUGUUCCCGUCUUGGUUAUGGGCUAUUGCUAUGGGCGGCUACUGUAUACAGUUAAACAAGUUGGGAAGGUCCGUAGGACGGCAGCCCGGAGGAGAGAAUACCACAUCCUCUUCAUGGUGAUCACAGCAGUGGUCUGCUACUUGCUGUGCUGGACACCCUAUGGAGUGGUGGCAAUGAUGGCAACAUUUGGUAAACCAGGAAUUGUAACCUCAACAGCAAGUGUUGUGCCCUCUAUCCUGGCAAAGAGCAGCACUGCCUUAAAUCCUGUAAUUUAUAUUCUCAUGAACAAGCAGUUCUACAGGUGUUUUCUAAUACUUUUCCACUGCAGAAAUGCAUCUGCUGCCAAAGGACCAUCUUCAGUUCAGUCAAAGACCGCAAAUAUCCAACGCAGUCGGAAGAUGCACAGCAACACAGUAGCCUUUACUGUCCAUCUCCCAACAGCAGUUGAAGACCAAGGAUGACUACAGAUAACUUAAAUAUCCAAAUACACCACACAUUGUGAAAACAAGUGCCUUUCAUAAUGAUGGGGAUGAUUGGUUUCAUCAUUAAAAUAAGUGUUUUUUUUGUGAUUAACUCAGACGCUGAACGGGUUAGUUAUAUUAUAAACUCUGGUGUUUACUGUUCAAAAAAGUGUUACCGUUUUUGGGGUUUUUUUUUU